AGAAGAUUCAUUUAACACUCGAGAUUCGAAGCCCGGGUUCUAAGCUAAAAUGAAAGUCGUGUAGAGCAUCUUGUUCAGUCCUAGAUAGACCGGGGAUAGUGAAAAACGGUUCGCACAGCCUGUGUUGCGUGUUUAGCUACGUACGCUUAAAAAAUGAGUCGCGAGCCGCCCGCGUAUCAGCGUUUAGACCCAAAAAAAACCGAAAGAAUGCUGUCUUUGUUUCGUGGCGAAAGAACUGGAUGGGUUCAAGUCGGUGAGAAGAAGUGGCUUUUUCCACAACAAUACGUCGAACAAGGAAAACAUUUCUAUAACUUCCAAGCUCGACCGAGUGAUACUUGGGUCGUCUCUUUCCCAAGAUCAGGAACCACCUGGACCCAGGAACUAGUGUGGUUGAUAUCUAACGACUUGGACUUCGAGACAGCGCGAAAAGUGGAUCUGACGACAAGAUUUCCGUUUUUUGAGCUAAGCCUAUGUGCGCAUCCCGAAGUGAUUGAGGAACUCGUUGAUGCUGUAAAAGAUGAUCCAGUAAUGGUAGCGCGUUGUAGGCAAGUCGCGGUGCCUGGGUACAAAUUCUUCAAGGAUGCACCAUCCCCGAGAUUCAUUAAAUCACAUUUCCCCUUCAGUUUGCUGCCUGGCCUGCUCGACGUUGGGUGCAAGGUUCUCUACGUUGCCAGAAAUCCGAAGGAUGUUGCAGUUUCCUGGUUUCAUUUGAACAGACUUUUCAAAACCCAGGGGUACGUUGGUGACUUCCCAGCGUUUUGGGAGUGCUUCAGGAACGAUUUAACAACGUGGUCACCAUACUGGGAGCAUUUGAAGGAAGCUUGGGCAUUGAGGACACACCCGAAUUUGCUUUUCCUUUAUUACGAGGAUAUGAACAUGGAUUUACCCGGAACCAUCGUGAAGGUUGCCAAAUUCUUGGGCAAAAGCCUGACUCGGGAACAGAUACUCAGUCUGGUUGAUUACUUGGAUUUCAAUAGUUUUCGAAAAAAUCCAUCCGUAAACGGGACCGAAUUGAAAGAGUGCGGCGUUAUAGCGAACACGAGUUUUAUACGGAAAGGACAGACUGGAGGAUGGAUGGAUACAUUUACACCUGAGCUCGAGGCAGAUGCGGACGAGUGGAUAGCGAAAAACCUCAAGGACACAGAUUUCGCUUUCCCUAAUCUAAAUAACAAUAAUAUCACAAGUAUAUAACGGCUAGUUGUAAGAUGAGCAGUUGGAGGGGAAAAAUCGAUGCCGCUAAAUCGAAAUCGAAUCAUAUGCAGUUGGUAGAGUUUAUUGAACUGCCACGGAGUGUACAAGGAGAUAUAAAAGAAUAAUCAAUACUUUGCUGUUCCUAUA